AUGGUGGAUCUAGCCUCCGCCUCACCCGUUUCGAGAAGGGUGAGAGAGCAGCGGUGGGUGCAAGCGCCGAUGGGAGAGAGGGUGGGGGCGGUGCCGGGGUUGGGUGAGAGGAGAUUGGCGGUGCAGGCUGGGGGCGACGGCUGGUUUGGGAUGGGAGAGAGAAGGAAUCAUGAGGAGAGGAAGGCUGGCGGCGGCGGCUGGUUUAGGUUCGUCGACGACGCCGCCGGCGUCGACGACGAGUACGAGGAGGACGAGGAGGAGGAAGAGGAGGAGGAGGAGGCGGAGGAGCUGCAGGACGACCUCGACGACGGUUUCUUUACUGCGGGGAGGACAAAAGGUGUAAGAGUUGAAAGGUCACACCCUCUUCCAUUUCUUGGAAAUGUAAAGGAAGAGGAGCUGAGCGGUGAUGAACUUGAGCAAUUUAUCAAUGACCGUUACUCUAAUCGUGUGAGAUAUGCCGGUUAUGGUGGCUCUACCGAACAAUAUGAUGAUGAUGAGUCUACCAUGGAUGGUGUAAAAGAUCCUAUCAUCUGGAGGGUCAAAUGCAUGGUUGGGCGGGAGCGCCAAAUGGCUUUCUGCUUCAUGCAGAAGUUUCUUCAUCUGCAAAAGUUCGGUACCAAAGUGCCAAUUAUCUCAGCAUUCUCACUUGAUCAUGUGAGAGGAUCUGUUUUUGUUGAAGCUGAGAAGGCUUGUGACGUUACUGAGGCAUGCAAAGGAUUUUGCGAUGUUUAUGUAAACCGAACUAGUACUGUCCCAGUAGCUGAAGUUCGUAGCUUGCUAUCAACUCGUGCAAAACCAUUUGAAGUUUCUCCAGGUACAUGGGUGCGCAUGAAAAGUGGAAACUAUAAAGGAGAUCUAGCACAGGGUGGUGCUAUUCCCCUAAAAGGUGCGGCAGUUCCUGCGCCGCGACUAAUCAGCUCGCAGGAGCUAGAGUUCUUUGGACCUCAUAUCGAAAGUAAGCGUGAUCGUCAGACUGGUGAUGUUUUUGAAGUGCUUGAUGGUCUGAUGUUCAAAGAUGGUUUCCUGUAUAAGCGAGUUGCACUUAGUUCUUUGAUUUACUGGGGGAUACAACCAACGGAUACCGAGAUUCUCAAGUUCUCUUCUAGUCCAAGCAUUAAAAGUUCUGCCGAUGACAUGGAUUGGGUCUCCGGCAUCUAUGGUCAUAAUAAGAAAAGAAAUGUGCCCAGAGAACCGGAUAUGAAGAAAUCAGCAUCUUCUAAAGACAAAAGCUCCAAGGCAUCAAAUCUUAAAGGUUCCACUUCUACUGAAAACUGUGAUGAUGAUGAUGAUGAUGCUCAAUUCAACCUCCACGAUCUUGUAACCUUUGGCCGAAAAGAUUUUGGAGUGAUUAUUGCUGUUGAGAAAGAUGGUUUUAAGAUUUUAAAAGGUGGCCCUGAAGGAUCUGCUGUGACAGUUAGAAAGCAAGAUAUUAAGAAAGGAAUUGUAGACAAAAUGUUUACAGCUGUUGACCAUCAGAACAAGUCAAUAUCCAUGAAUGACACUGUUAAAGUUCUGGAAGGACCAGUUCAGGGCAAGCAAGGAGUUGUUAAACACUUGUAUAUGGGAAUACUUUUUAUAUAUGAUGAAAGCGAAAGUGAGAACAGUGGAUUUUUCUGUGCUCAGUGUGGGUCAUGUGAAAAUGUAAAGAAAAGGAGGGACGUGACAAAUUCGGACAACCCUAUGUUCUCGGAGUCAGCUUUCAUAUCAUCUGAGCAAAAUGAACAACGAAAUAAUGAAAGGCCUUACAGGGCACCCAGAGAACAACUCUUCCAAGUCGGAGAGGUGCUGCGUUUUCGAAGGGGUCCUUUGAAGGGUUAUCUCUGCCGUGUAGUUCGGAUAUUUAGAAAUGAUGUAACUGUUAAGCUAGAUUCUCUACUGAAGAUUGUUACAGUGCAAGCAGAGUUUCUCUCAGUCCCAACUAAAAGAGGGGAUAACUCGUCUAGUGCUCCAUCUGGUAAUUUUGGAACUCAGGAUACACCAUUCACUGAAGCUGCUAAAACCUCAUGGGACAAUGGAUUUGCAUCUCUUGGCAGUGAUUCUUGGCAACCUUUUUCAAGUUCUGCGUUACCAGCCCAGAAUGCAGAUGGAGAAACAGAAGCUGAUCCCUGGUCUAAGAAACCAACAUCUUCUGCUGAUGGUGAUUCUGAUCCAUGGGGUAACAAAACAACAUCUGCAGCUGUUGAUAUAUGGAACAACAGCACUACACAAAAGGAAAGCUCCACCGACAAUGCCUGGGGUAAAGAAGCCGGAGGUGGUGGAUUUGAUGCUGGUGGCAGCUCUUGGGGUGGAGGAGCAGUCAACAAGGAUAGUGAAAAGAGUGGCAACUGGGGUGAGGCAUGCAAGCAGGUGGACACGGCAACUGGUGGUGAUACAGAUCCUUGGGGCAGUAAGGUCAAAGAAGUAGUUAUGAAAGAAGCAGAUAGCUGGGAGAAGUCAUCAUGGUCACCAAAGAAGAAGUUGGAGGGUGAUGAUCAAGGAUGGGGCCAACCUUUUGGCAAGUCAAACCAAGAUCAAGAAAAAGGCACAGUUCCGAAGGACGCAGACAAGGGUGGGUCUUGGGAUACCACUGUUGCUAUUUGUGUCGGUUCAGAUGAUAAUGAUGCCUGGGCUAAAUCUGCUACUUUGCCUGUUGCUCAAGAUGAUGCCUGGGGGAAGUCAAAAGAGUCAGGCCAAAACAGCGGCUCUGGAGGCUGGGAUACUGUUGCUGUGGGCCAAGGACAAGAUGAAGCAUGGGGCAAUCCAAAAGAUUCAGGUGCCAAGUCUGAAGAAACAAAUAAUGGAAGUGGGAACUGGAACAAAGCUGGCUCAUCAGACCAAGUUGGUGGCAGUGAUUGGGGUAAACCGAAAAUUUCUGGCGGUGCUGGUUCAUCAAGCUGGAACAAGGGAGAGUCAGCUGAGGGGGAUAAUCAGAAUAGCACCUGGAGCAGACCUGCUGGAAACUUUGAAGGUGGCCGUGGGUUCGGGCGAGGACGUGGGAGAGGCCGGGGCCGGGAAUCUUGGGAUUCUGGUGACAGAAAUGACCAAGAAAGCUGGAAGGGCUCAUGGCGUAAUGACAGUUCUGCAAAGCCCUCUUGGGGGUCUGAUACACAGGUAGGUAAUGAAGGUGGAGAUUCUGGUGGAUACCGGGGGAGGGGAAGAGGGAGGGGCCAAUAUGGAGGACGAGGGGGAGGAAGAGACAAUGGUUGGAGAAAUGGAGAUCGAGGUAGUUCUGAGUUUGGAAAGGAAAGGAGCAGUAGUGAUACACCAAACUGGGGAAACAGUCAGCCUUGGAGUGCCAAUGAAGGCACCAAGCCAUGUGAUGAAAAUCAGACUCCCGCUUGGAAUUCCUCAGAGGAUAAAAAACUGUCUGGAGGCGAGCAAGGUGAUCCUUGGGCGAGCAAGGUGACUGCUAAAGGCCAAGAACAACAAACUGAUGCUUGGUCAAGCAAGGCUGCAGGUGCUGAGAACAAUGAUUGCUGGAAUACGAAGGCGGAAGAGUCUUCCUGUAACACUGGGGCAAAAUGGGAGGAUGCUGCAUCAGGUGAAAAACAACAAGAUGAUCCGUGGUCAAACAAGAUCAGUUCUACUACUAAAGGCAAAGAGCAAGAAACUGAUCCAUGGGCAAGCAAGGUGUCUUCUACUGCAGCAGAGGAAAAAGCUGACCCCUGGAGUACUAAAGGGGGCAAUGGGAAUGAUGGGGGUUGGAACAAUGCUGGCUCGUCUUCUUGGGGCAAACCAAGUUCCUCAAGUGGAGAUCAAGAACCUGCUUGGAACGAGCCAAAAUAUGGUGAUGAUAAUGCUGGAUAUGGUAGGGGUGGAUUUGGACGUGGGAAUCGUGGCAGAGGUAGGGGAAGGUUUGGGGACAGUGGAUCUUCAUGGAAUGGAGGAGGCAACACAAAUGAUGGAUCAGGUGGAGGAAGGUCUGAAGAUCAGUGGAACAGUAGGGAUUCCGAUGGUGGCAGAGGAAGGGGCAGAGGUCGCUUUGGUCGAGGUGAUCGCUAUCAAGGUAACAACUUUGGGUCAGGAGACGGGGAUGGUGGCAGUUGGGGCUCUGGCAGGGGAAACAGAGGCCGUGGUGGUGGUUACAGAAACAAUGGAAAUGACAACAAUGAGGGAAGGGCCUCCAGUCAAGACCGCGGUGGUGGCUGGUCUCACUCUUCUGCUUGGAAUGCUGAUAAAAAGGGAAGCGCUGAAGACGAUCAAUCUUUCUCAAAGGGCAAGUCCAGCUGGGGGAGUGACAACAACGGUAGCUGGGGAGCUCCAAAACCAUCUGGUGGUGAUGAUCAGGCAGGAAAGAAGGAUGGAAACAACACCUGGAGUCAAAACAAGCCAUUUUCUGGCGAUGGAUCCUCUAUCCUGGGCCAGUGGGCUCCUGCUGGCGGCGCCACCGCUGGUACUGCAGGAUCUGCAGGCGGAGGAGGAUCAUGGGGAAAGAGCAAUGAAGAUAGCUGGAAUUCUUCAAAAGGAACUGGAGGCUCAGAAGGUGGUUCGAAGAAGGAAGGAUCCUGGGACAAGGCUGAAGGGAGCGGGAGCCAAGGCGGAGGUGGCGGCAGUUCUUGGGACAAGGUGGCCAGUGGCGGAUGGGACAGCAACAAGGGCGCGGAUGCCGGCAAUGGUGGUGGCAGUGGGUGGUAA